AUGCCACGUAAAUCAUUGGAAGAGAAAGAACAAUUGCAUAGAAAUAAAAUAGAUUUAAUUUCAGCUGCAGAAUCUGGUGGAGAUUGGAAAAAAACAGCAAUUGAACUCAAUAUCUCAAGAACAACAGCAUAUCGUUGGAUAAAGGAUGGAGUUAAACCUGACGCGAGAGGUGGAAAUUAUCGAAAAAAGUUUAACAAAGAACAUGUCGAUUUUAUUAUAUCAUGCAUCGAAGACGAUAACACAAUUACCCUUCAUGGAAUAAAACAAAAAUUUGAAUUACAUUUUCCGCAAUUAUCAAUAUCAAAAACGAGUAUCGCUCGACAUCUCGAUCUAAGUUUAUAUACAUUAAAGAAAUUGAGAUUCGACCCUGAAGAAGCUAAUUGUGAAAUUAACAAAAUCAAAAGGAAGGAAUUUGCUGAAAAAUAUUUAAAAUUUCAAUCGGAAAAUAGACCAAUUUGUUUUAUGGAUGAAUCAAAUUUUAAUCUUCAUAUCAGCAGGACAGAAGAAAGAUCGCUAAAAGGAACAAGAUGUACUACUCUAGCUGCUGCGUCAGAAGGGUCAAAUAUACAUCUAAUUGGAUGCAUCUCAAAUCUAGGACUCAUUUACUAUGAAAUACAAAGGGGAGCUUUUAAAAAAGAGCAAGCUUGUCACUGGAUGAAAAAUUGUUUGAGGCAAGCACGGAUUAAACAUGAUGGUCCAGUUAUUAUGGUGUUGGACAAUGCACUAGCUCACAGUGGUAUCGAAGUUCUUCAAUUGGAAGAAUUUAAUGAUUUUCAUAUUCUUUGUCUCGGUCCGUACAGUCCGAUGCUUAACCCCGUCGAACAUGUAUGGUCCAAAAUAAAAGCUCACGUAAAAAGAGACAUCUCUUCUCUAAAAAACCAAAUUCUAUUUCAACAAGGAAAAGAUUUGUCAAUUAUAGAUUAUCGAACAGGGAUACUUGAAAAAAUAACUGUGGAUAGAAUAAAAACAAUUACAUCUGAUGAUUGUGUGAGCUUUAUUUCUGAAAUACAGAAAAAUAUUGGUGACAUGUUAAAUAUGGUUAACACCAAAUUUUAA